AUGGACUUCCUUCACAGCAGUGAGGUGUUGGUCAUCCAGCACCUCCAGAGCAAUUUCAGAGACUACCAUGGCAUUCUGAACUUCAUGUCAGCAAUGGGUGACCCGCGUAACGUCUUUUCCGUGUAUUUUCCUUUGUGGUUCCAGCUCAGCCAGAUAGUGGGCACCAAGAUGAUCUGGGUGGCAGUGGUUGGAGACUGGCUAAACCUCAUUUUCAAAUGGAUAUUGUUUGGUCAUCGACCAUAUUGGUGGGUCCAGAAAACUCAGUUUUAUGAAAAUACUUCUCUGCCUCAACUGGAGCAGUUUCACAUCACUUGUGAGACAGGACCAGGUAGUCCAUCAGGUCAUGCAAUGGGUUCUUCAUGUGUGUGGUAUGUGAUGGUCACUGCUGCUCUCAACCUGAGCAGACCAUCAAGGAACACUUCAGGCUCUCAAAGGUUUCGCCUGGUGUGGUCUUUUUUAUGGUCGGCGUUCUGGGUCAUUCAGAUCAGCGUCUGUGUGUCUAGGGUUUUUAUUGCCACCCAUUUCCCUCAUCAGGUCAUCCUUGGAGUCUUAGCAGGUAUGCUGGUGGCUGAGGCAUUUGAACACGUGCCAUCAAUCCAUACAGCCAGCGUGCGAGUCUACUUGCAAACCAGCAUGUUCUUAUUCUCGUUUGCCAUUAGUUUUUAUUAUCUUCUUAAGAUGAUACAGGUUGACCUUCUGUGGUCCGUCUCCAAGGCUAAAAAGUGGUGUGCCAACCCCGAUUGGGUUCAUCUGGACACCACGCCAUUCGCAGGCCUCGUGCGGAGUCUCGGUGCUUUAUCUGGGCUUGGUUUGGCCAUCAAUUCUGAAAUGUUCCUGAAAAGCUGCCAGGGCAGAAAUGGCUAUAAGACCAGUUUCAGACUUUUGUGCGUGACCGCUGCACUAACCACUCUCCAGCUGUACGACCUCAUCAAGAUCCCCACACACACUGAGGUCUUGUUUUACACUCUCUCCUUCUGUAAAAGUGCUGCUAUUCCCCUCAGUGUGGUUGCUCUCAUACCAUAUUGUGUUCAUCUGAUGAUAGACAACAGAGAGAAGAGACCAGAGUGA